GGGGAGAGCUAGAGAGUUUCCUGGGUGUUGGUUAGGAAACCUGGAGAGUAGCACAGCAGAGUAGAAUGUCCUUAUAGUGGUCCCCGUAGGGGUUAUAGGGCCUGGAGGGAUAAGGUGGGCCAAGGAGGCACCACACCACACCUCUUAUCUGAUACUCAUUGUCCAAGCCAGUGCCUACCCUGCCCAGUGCUCACUUCCUUCAGGUUCCUGGAUGGAGAUAAUACUUUAUGUUCUGAAGUCCUGAUCACCCCCUUGGUCUCUAGUACCCCAUCUUGAGGGCUAGUCCCACCUUUCUUGCCUCCCAUCUUUCCCAGUAGUUACCUGCCAAGGCCCAUUAUUCCAGGACAAGUGAAUGCAUCCACCCCUCUGGGGAAGGUAAGUGGUCCUUUAUUCUGAGACCACAAUUAAGGAUGUAGACCCUUCUCUUUGGUGGUGGUGGGGGGGUGUUCCUUUAUCUCAGAACAGUGUUAAGUGAAGAUGGAGCUGGGUUUGCGAGGGUCCCAUAUUUCCCCUUUGUUGCCUCCCCCACCCUCCCUCUCUCAAGUAGUGUGCCACCCCCCCCCCCCCCCCAGUGGUACAUCAGUUCAGUCUUAAGGAGUAUGUGUUGAAGCCAUAAAAGAAGUCACAAGAGACAACUUUUUGGUGCACUUCCACCACCCCGCAGGGUCCUGGGACACUGUGCGAGAUGGGGGAGGUACUGGUUUUUUAUUUUUUUGUAGAGGUGGUCCCUGUCCUCCAGGAGCUUACAAUCUAGCUGGGGAGACACAACUAAUGCACACUUAUACAAUCAGUACAGUUAGCGAUUACCACAAUAUUGACCACAACUGCGUGAGACCAGGGAAAGCAAGAUCAGUGAGGGGCUGGGGGCUCAGAGAAGGUGUUUUAGUAAAGAUGGGACUCAUUUACUGGUUGAAUAGGUCCAAAUUGAGUGACACGUUUCUUUUGGGGUGGGCUUAGGAGGCAGUGAGUGGGGGAAGGGAAUUGAGGGAGCAAAGGCAGCAAGGCUGGAAUGCACAUGUUGUAGGCAAGGGACAUUGAGAGGGCCCCCCUCCAUUUCUUAAUCCUCCUCCCUCACUCUUGCCCUCAAGUCCCGCCACACAGGCACGCAGCUGGUGCCUUGUCUGCUGCAUCGAGAUUCAGGGCUUCGGCUGGUGAUGCUGGAAUGUCCAUUCUGCUGGCUGGUGUAGUUGUCUGGAUCUCUGUGGUGGGCCUGUUAGCACGGCCAUGGCUGCGGGGCUGGGAUGGCGCUGUCCCGACUUGGUCCAGAUCAGAAUGCAUUGCCUGUGCCCAGAUCUUGGGGGAUCCCUGCUGCCUUGGUGAUCCCGGGCUGACAGCCAGAGAGCACAGCGGCUCAGCUCCUGGAGAGUGAGGGUUGAAGAAAGCGGAGGGCAGCUGCCUGCGCCCGCUGGCUCCCAUUAGGUCGGUUCCUGCAGCGGUGCCCGGUGGCCUUGGCGAAGGCCCUGCCCAGCAGAGAUCAUGUAUUGCCUCCAGUGGCUGCUGCCCGUCCUCCUCAUCCCCAAGCCCCUCAACCCCGCCCUGUGGUUCAGCCACUCCAUGUUCAUGGGCUUCUACCUGCUCAGCUUCCUCCUGGAGCGGAAGCCUUGCACGAUCUGUGCCUUGGUUUUCCUGGCAGCCCUGUUCCUCAUCUGCUAUAGCUGCUGGGGAAACUGUUUCCUGUACCACUGUGCUGAUUCCCCGCUUCCGGAAUCGGCGCAUGACCCUGGCGUUGUGGGCACCUAACAGCCUGCCCGGUUAGCUUUCCAAGGAAGCAGAAGAUGGGAGGGGAGGCAUUGACAUAGGUCAUAAAGCAUUGGAGUUUCAAAUCCCGCAGCCCCGCGGGUGCCACAUUCCUGACGGCGCCUUUCUUGGCCUGUGAUGUUUUAUCCUUAUAAUGUGAAUAAUGGCACUGACCGGUGCUUUUAUUGUAGAGUCCUGUAGUUGUGGGUGGUCUUGUGAUUGUGUGUGUUCUGUCCCCAUCUCGGUUCCCCCCCCACCCCCCAGGCUGGCAGGAUGGUCACCCCCAUCGCCUCAUUCCUGCGAGGAGUCUGUGCCCAUCCUGGUCCACCAUCCCAGCAUGACCUGGGCAGAUAAAAUGCCAGUCUCGUCACCUCUGUGACCCCCUCCUUUUCAGGGUCUCUUCCCUUCCCAGAAUGUUACCAUCCCCUCAGUCCCUGUCCUAGUUUCCCUUUAGUUCUCUUCUAUCCCUUUCCUUUUUGGGGGAGCACCUGUCCAAGACAGGGCUCAUUUUUGCACUUAUCUCGAAUUUAAAGAGAUUGCUGACGCCCGAGAGCCUCGCUUUUUCAUCCUUCUUUCCCCAGUCAGCAGCCCAGACAAAAACAUGUCUUGACUGUUUGUUGUUCACAAAUCUCCAGUAUUUUCUCCACUUCAUUUUUAAGAAAGAAGUAACAGAGACCUGUUGCUCUUUCACUUGGGUGUCUGGGCUCAUGCUUACCAGCCCAGCCUCACUUUCUUUGCCCUUCCUCCUGCCUUUCUCAAUUGUCCCAAGGAGGGGGGCCUCACUGUGUCUCCCGUGCAUGCUCUGCAGGAUUGAGGUGUGGCGUGUCCCUGUAGAUCUAGCAGUCCCCAGCCGAGUGAAUGGAAGAGUACUUGUGUGUUUCAUAACAGCCAUAAUCCCUGUAAUAGGUGUUUGGAUAUUUUUUGGCGUGCCGUGAGUGCGUGUGUACGUGUGUGUGUGCGCGUGUAUAUACAAAUACAUGUGUAUAUUCCUUUUAAAGAAGCUUUAUCGAGCGUGUUCUGACUUGGAGGUUUAGCAGUAGCUAGCUAUGAUAGGUGCCGCUACAGUUUUUAUUUAGCAUGGGGACUGCAGGGCGACCAGCGCACUGGACUCCGAGAUGGUUCAGACAAGACAGAGGGGAGCAGUGGCCAUCGUCCUUGUGCCAGGAGCUCCUUCAGUCCUGCGCAUAUAGACUGUACCUUAUGAAGAAUACACAGGAAGACUUUGUGACUGUCACUUGCUUUUUGCUUUUUCUGCGCUUCAGUAACAAGUGUUGGCAAACGAGACUUUCUCCUGGCCCCUGCCCACUGGGGACUAGCAUGGUUGUCCAUCCAGUCUCAAUCAUCCAUCUUUCUCUUGCCUGAGCGGGAAGGGCGGUGGGCCAGGCAGAGGACAGAACUGGAGGCAGUCCAUCUAGGGAAUGGGACUGUGAGGCCACACUUGGGGAACAUGUGGACUGCUAUUCCGGAGCUUUUAUUUUUGGUGUGUUCGUUGCACAGCUGUUUGAAAUGUUUAAUAAAGCUUUAUAAACUUUA